GCGGUUUGAGAGUCACUGUUGAUCGGUGCUCUGGGUUUGAUUAGGGUUUUGGGCAUUGAUUCUUGUUCGCUUGCUCAUAUAGUAAGAACUGGUGGUCCUUGAUUUGAAGAUGGCAAGUUUUGCAACAUCUUGGUUAUGUAUCUUUUUCCUGUUAUGUUGUGCAUAUGCUGGGGAAGCUGAAUAUAUUUUGUACAAAGAUCAUAAGCAGCAUUUGAACAAUCGAAUUAAAGACUUGCUAAGCAGGAUGACUCUUGCGGAAAAAAUUGGUCAGAUGACCCAGAUUGAACGAAAGAAUGCAUCAGCUGAUGUCAUGAAAAAUUUCUUUAUAGGUGGUGUACUAAGUGGUGGAGGAAGUGUUCCUGCUCCCAUGGCCUCUGCUGAGGUGUGGGUUAACAUGGUAAAUGAAAUUCAGAGGGCUGCUCUGUCAACACGUCUUGGAAUUCCUAUGCUUUAUGGAAUUGAUGCUGUUCAUGGUCAUAAUAAUGUCUACAAUGCUACAAUAUUCCCUCACAAUAUUGGUCUUGGAGCUACCAGGGAUCCUGAACUAGUGAGGAGGAUUGGUGUUGCAACUGCCCUUGAAGUCCGAGCUACAGGCAUUCCCUACACAUUUGCUCCAUGUAUUGCGGUUUGCAGAGAUCCAAGGUGGGGUCGUUGUUAUGAAAGUUACAGUGAGGACCAUGCGGUUGUCCAAGCAAUGACUGAGAUAAUCCCAGGACUACAGGGUGAUAUACCAGCCAAUUCCUCCAAGGGUGUUCCUUAUGUUGCUGGAAAGGACAAAGUUGCUGCAUGUGCUAAGCAUUUUGUUGGUGAUGGUGGGACUCAUAAUGGAAUUAAUGAGAACAACACUAUCAUUGACCGUCACGGGCUUCUCAGCAUCCACAUGCCUGCUUACUAUAAUGCCAUCAUCCAUGGUGUUUCCACUGUCAUGGUCUCGUACUCAAGCUGGAACGGAGUGAAAAUGCAUGCUGAUUACAAUUUGGUCACUGGUUAUCUCAAGAACACACUGAAGUUUAGGGGCUUUGUGAUCUCUGAUUGGCAAGGCAUUGAUCGGAUAACUACUCCAGCUGAUGUAAAUUACACUUAUUCUGUUCAACAAGGAGUUAAUGCCGGUAUUGAUAUGGUGAUGGUGCCUUAUGACUACCCAACCUUUAUCAAUGAACUCACCUCUCUGGUUAACAAGGGUGUCAUCCCCAUGAGCAGAAUUGAUGAUGCUGUUAGAAGGAUUCUUCGGGUAAAAUUUACAAUGGGUCUUUUUGAAAUCGCACUUGCAGAUCUUAGCUUUGCAGAACAACUAGGAAGCCGGGAGCACAGGGAUUUGGCCAGAGAAGCCGUUAGAAAAUCACUCGUACUGUUGAAAAAUGGUAAAAGAGCUAAUGAGCCAAUUCUUCCUUUGCCUAAGAAGGCUUCCAGCAUCCUUGUUGCUGGAACUCAUGCUAAUAACUUGGGCUAUCAGUGUGGGGGGUGGACAAUUGAAUGGCAAGGAGGCAGUGGAGACACCACUGUUGGAACUACUAUCUUAGAUGCGAUCAAAUUUACAGUUGAUGGUAGUACAGACGUCAUCUACUCUGAGAACCCUGAUGCUAGCCUUGUUAAAGCCAAUAACUUCUCGUAUGCCAUUGUUGUUGUUGGAGAAACUCCAUAUGCCGAAACUAAUGGAGACAACCUCAACCUUACAAUUCCAGAUCCUGGUCCAAGUACAAUCCAGACUGUUUGUGGUGCCAUCAAGUGUGUUGUGGUCAUCAUCUCUGGCAGGCCUGUCGUGAUUACACCUUAUAUCGCCUCCAUUGACGCUUUGGUUGCUGCUUGGCUUCCUGGAUCUGAAGGCCAAGGCGUCGCAGAUGUGCUCUUCGGGGACUAUGGAUUCACCGGAAAGCUUCCAAGGACCUGGUUCAAGUCUGUGGACCAGCUUCCCAUGAAUGUCGGCGAUAAGCAUUAUGACCCAUUGUUCCCAUUUGGAUUUGGCUUGACUACAAUGCCGACGGGAAGGAUGAUCUCUGGUGCUGUUGUGAGAAAUGAGCAUUAUGGGAUGGUGUCUCUAUUUAUCAAUUUAUUGGUGACGUUCAUUGUUUCGAAGACUUGCUGUUUUGAAGGCUGCUUGUUCUUUGAUUGGGAAUGAAUAAGGUUAGUUUUGUUAACUCUGCUGAACAGCAGAAAUUUCAUUUUUAGGAUUGUUGUUUGUUAAUAAUUUUGAAUUAUUCUUUUUGUUGUUAAUUUGUAAUGGAAAAUAAAGCAGUGUAAAUAAAGUUGUUGGAUUAAUU